CGCCAUGUCGGGGUGGUGGUGCAGCAGCAACAACAGCAAUAGCAACAGCAGCAACGUGUCGAGGAAACCCUGAAGUGAGCAGAAGUAUUCGACCCCCCCAUCCAUCCCUCCCUCCCUCCUUGUCCUCCUCCUCCUCCUCCUCUUUCUCCCUCCUUUCUCUUUCUAUUUCUUUCUAUCUAUACUCUGUCCUGUCCAUCCAUCCAUCACUCCCAUCAUCUAUCUCUCCUCUCUACCUACCUAUACUUAUCAUCUCUUUACUGUAUAUAUUUCAGACCACUCCAGAGUUGCAGCUGCUUUGGCUGCUGUCCUCUUGCACUUUCCUCCCUUCCAUCUUUCCUUUCUUCUCUCCUUCUUCUUUCUUCCCUCCAUCUCCUCGGCGAGCAGAGGCGCAGGGACGCACCGAGUGAUGCUGCUGAUGCUGCGGCUGCAGCCGGGCCACAGCAGGAGCAGCAGCAGCUCUCCGUGAAGGAGAAGGAGCAUCACCAGCAUACCACAAGCCCAUGAAGAUGUCAAACGCAGUCAUGGGCUUGAACCCCGCGGAUAGGGUGAUUAAAUCGGUCCCCUUCCCGCUGAGCCAUAGGUUGAGUAUGCGGGAGGUGUUCGACUGCGAGGGGAAGCCGCGUGUGGACCUGCUGAAGGCUCACCUCACUAAAGAGGGCCGAGUGGAAGAGCCUGUCGCUCUGCGCAUCAUAAACGAGGGGGCCGCCAUCCUCCGGCAGGAGAAGACCAUGCUGGACAUUGAGGCCCCUGUUACAGUGUGUGGCGAUAUCCACGGGCAGUUCUUCGACUUGAUGAAGCUGUUUGAAGUUGGAGGCUCGCCAGCAACGACGCGGUAUCUCUUUCUAGGGGACUAUGUGGACCGAGGCUACUUCAGUAUUGAGUGUGUUUUGUAUCUUUGGUCGCUGAAAAUCCUCUACCCAAAGACGUUAUUUCUACUGCGGGGAAACCAUGAAUGUAGACAUUUGACCGAAUAUUUCACUUUCAAACAAGAAUGUAAAAUAAAGUACUCAGAGCAGGUGUAUGACGCAUGUAUGGAUGCGUUCGACUGUCUGCCUCUGGCUGCUCUGAUGAAUCAGCAGUUUCUGUGCGUGCACGGCGGCCUCUCACCUGAGAUACACACGUUAGACGACAUCAAGAAGCUGGACCGGUUUAAGGAGCCUCCAGCUUUCGGGCCCAUGUGUGACCUGCUGUGGUCAGAUCCAUUAGAGGACUUUGGCAACGAGAAGUCUCAGGAGUAUUUCAGCCACAACACGGUCCGCGGCUGCUCCUACUUCUACAGCUACCCUGCAGUGUGUGAGUUCCUACAGACCAAUAACCUUCUCUCAGUCAUCAGAGCCCACGAAGCACAGGACGCAGGUUACCGCAUGUACAGAAAGAGCCAGACGACAGGCUUCCCCUCCCUCAUCACCAUCUUCUCUGCUCCCAAUUACCUGGACGUUUAUAAUAAUAAAGCUGCCGUGCUGAAGUAUGAGAAUAAUGUGAUGAACAUCCGGCAGUUUAACUGUUCGCCACACCCUUACUGGCUGCCCAACUUCAUGGACGUGUUUACCUGGUCUCUGCCCUUCGUAGGAGAGAAAGUGACGGAGAUGCUGGUGAACGUGCUCAGUAUCUGUUCAGAUGAUGAACUCAUGAAUGAUGGUGAUGAGAUCUAUGAUGCCAAUGCUGCAGCAGCCCGUAAAGAGGUGAUCAGGAACAAAAUCCGCGCCAUCGGCAAAAUGGCCAAAAUGUUCUCAGUCUUGCGUGAGGAGAGUGAGAACGUGCUGACCCUAAAGGGCCUGACCCCGACUGGCAUGCUGCCCAGCGGAGUUCUGUCUGGAGGAAAGCAGACCUUACAGAGCGCUAUCCGUGGUUUCUCCCCGCAGCACAAGAUCAGUAGUUUUGAGGAGGCGAAGGGUCUGGACCGGAUUAAUGAGCGGAUGCCUCCUCGCCGGGACGUGGUCAACAGCGUGGGUCUGUCUAUGGGCCGCAUGAACAUGGCCGAGUCCAACGGCACAGACGACAACAGCAAUAUCCAGUGACUCCUCUACUCUUCCUCCUCCUCUUCCUCGUCCUCUUCCUCCUAUCUGUCUUCAUUUCCACUCUCCCUCUCUCUAUACCCCUCUAAACCACCCCUUUCCCUCUGUUCCCUCUCUCCCUCCAUCUGCACUGCCGCUCCUUCUCUCUUUCUCUCUGCAGUGGACAGACAGUUGGACGGCUGUGGUGCACAGGGUGGUCCUGAAAGCCCACCAGAGAGCCUCUUUCACACACAUCUCACAAUGCAAAUUUACAGCUAGAAGAAGGAGCAUGUCUUAGGCCUGUGAGCUUCAGAAGAGGGUCUUUUCUUGUGUGUUUGUGUAUGUGUGUGUGUGUGUGUGUGUGUGUGUGUGUGUGUGUGUGUGUGUGUGUGUGUAAGUGUGCAUUUUUAUGGGAGAGAGAGCUUGAGAAAGACAGAGCGAGAAAGGAGAGAGAGAGAGAGAGAGAGAGAGAGUGUGUGUGGAUUGUGUAAUGACAUAUUAACCACAAACUGAUAACGGUGUGCUUUUCUCUCCGAUGAAUAGGGCUGUUUGUGUGUGUGUGUCAGAAUGUGUGUGUGUGUGUGUGUGUGUCAGUGAUUGUGUGGGUGGGUGAGUUGUGUAAUUACUUGGUAAGGAAGUAGGUUUUAUCACUAAAGGACAAUUCCUCUUUCUUUUUUCUGCCUGCUGCCGCGGUUCAUGCUGAAUCCGUAUAAAAAGCCUGUGUGCUCUGUUCAUUCACUGUCAGAGGAGUGUGGUUAUCAUAUGAGUGUGAGAGACAGUGUGUGUGUAUGUGUGUGAGUGUAUAUUAGAAUGUGUGUGUGUAUAUAUAAAUAUACUGUAACUUAUAAGCAUUUACUUUCACAAUCUCUAGCUCUUCUACCAUGUUUUGCUACUAGUAUUUAACAGAUUAGUAUCAAGUACUCUUCACUUAAUACGGGGACGUUUGGAAAAAAGAGACUUUUCAGAUGUAUUCGCAAUGCAGUCUUUGAGACCCCCCCCCACCCUCGUCCCUCCCUUUGUCCCUUUCUCUGGUUAUAAAGUAAAAAAGCCCCCCUAAGCCCAUGUCCAGUCGUCCGCUCUACUGCGAUGUACUCUGCUGUCUGCUGUUUCGUCUCGCUGGGACUUCUGUGCUGCGGCCUCUUCGCUUUAGGACUCUCCAUACUGCCCAUUGGACUAUUAACACCCUGUGAGAAACAGCACCUGGAAAAAGUCAACGGGUCGGAAAAAAGAGAGUCUGUUUCUUGUACGGCCAAAAGUCUUGGAAAUUUCAGUAAAUUGUGGGAAUUUUUGUUCAUUUACUUCUUUUUUUCACAUGGUGGAGAAGUUCCCCCGUAUGGAAAUGUACCGCAGGUCCCGUCCCGUCCAGCUCUGCAAAAGACUGACUGACUGACCACCCAACCAUCCAGCUCCUCGCGAGAACGUCUGAGGGGAUCUGUCUCGUUUUUGUACAUACGUACUGUAAGCCGCAAAUAUUUUUAACAGAUGAUCAUCGUUUGUUUUGAUUUGAUUUGAUUUUUCGUAUUAUUUAUUUGUUUCUUGAACUAUUUAUUUAUUCCUUAGUUUGUUUCACUGUUUGUUUAAUUUAUUUACUGUUGCUGUACAUUUCAAUUAAGCUCCUGUAAGGUUCGGAAAACGUGUGAUUUUAUUCUGAUUACGAUUAAUAUGGUUCCGAUUUUUUGUUUCUUUCCUCUCUGUUGAUGUACAGAAGUCGUUCAAUUGUGUGAAUGAUCAUAUACUUGUUUGAAAAGCCAUCCAGGGCUGAUAAAGCAUGACUGCAUGGGUAACUCAAAAAUGUAAAGCAAAUACAGGCGCGGCUUACCGUGUCCUCACAUUUUUAAGGAGAAGUAUAUUCCCAUCGUCAUUAUUCUCAAUAACAAUAUUCUUCUUAUUUAUUAUGAGCUUUCUGCUGGUUUCUUCCACUCUACCCGAUCCUCGUUUGGUCGCUCAUCGUGGUUUACUUUAAAUGAAAAACUGAAGCGUUUCAUGAGUUAUUUGUGAUUCUAUCUCUCGUAAUUUUUUCUCGGAAACUGAGUUUUGGCAUUAAUAUGAAUUCCUGACCUACAGACAGUGUAAGCAUGCCCCAUGGGACAAAUCUCUUUUUUUACUCUUGAAUAAAAUAUGCAUGAACCUUU